ACAAGUGCCUCCUAGUCUCAAAGCAGAGGUGAAAGGCCCGCAGAGCCAGCACAUCUAGCCGUGUUUCUGACCAAGAUUUUUCUCCAGCUGGUGAAAUCCCAGGGCAUAGACGCAGCCCUCAGAAAUGAGCGAGGAGAGAGUGACAUACACGGAACUGAAACUCCCAUAUUCAAAGAAACAGAGAAACAAAAGACAUCCAACACGCAAAAAAGGAGAAUUUCCAUGGCGUGGUGUUGCAAUAAUCCUGGGAAUCAUAUGUUUUUUUCUCCUGCUGGCUAUCACAGGCUUAGGAUAUAUGUAUUUUUGGAACUCUUCUGAGGGCAAAAGAAGAGAUAUGAAAGACGCAAAAGAAAAAAAUACUUCCUCACUAGAUGUUGAAAAUCACUCAGUUUUGCCAAGUAGUACCGGUAAAGACUAUGACACCUGUCAAGAAAAAUGGUCCUGCUGUGGAAAAAACUGUUACUAUUUUUCAAAAGAAGAGAAAACUUGGGAUGAGAGUAAGACAUCAUGCCAAGGCCUGGGUUCCAGUCUCAUUAAGAUUGAUGACAAAGAGGAGCAGAUCUUCAUUCAAUCAAAGAUAAAAUACAAACAUUGGAUUGGAUUACAUAGAAAAGGAGCUAAUCAUCCCUGGAUGUGGCAGGAUGGCUCAGCACCAUCUCGGAAACUGAAUUUUCAACAGACUACACCUAAUGCAAAAUGUGGACACAUCAAGUCAGCAAGUAUUACUACCACUGAUUGUACUCAAGAGUUUCAUUUCAUUUGUGAAAAGAAGUUUACGUGUCUUGAUAAUUAAAAAAUGACUAUAAUCAAUGUCUUAAUAUUUUCAUUGUUUAAUAGCUAUUAGAAAAAACUUAGGAUAUUCCCUCAACUUAGUCAAGUAUGUAUGAUUUACGAAGAACUGUGAUCUCUCAAAACAUACCUGAGCAAGAAUAAAACAAGAAGUUUUAUAUG